AUGUGCCAAAAUACUCCCAUCGAGAAGAUUGCUGUUCCUUGCAUGUGGGACGUUGAAGGCAUAACGUCUAUGCCGGUUCCUGGCCGCCGUUGCCCUGCUUGCCUCGAACGUGGGGAUACUGUAUGGGUGAUCCCUGGCAAAUGCUGCCCGCAGUGUGGUACACCGGUCAACUAG